CAUGACAAAGAAUUAAUAGUAAUUUAUAAGACUUAUACAGGAAUCUUUCCCAAAUAUUGCAAAAAGGUUUCUGUGGGUCACUUGGGCAGUUGUUUUAUAAAAUUUUAUAGACAAAAGCAUGAUGUUUGCUUGUUCCACAUGUGUACUCAAACAAAUGAUCAAUAAACGAUUCCAGUUAACGCAAUCAUACAUGAUGAAUUUUGUAUAACUUAACGUUAUUGACAAAACAUUGUAGAUCACAAAGCACAAAACCGAACACCAUCUUGUUUUAUGACGUGAGUACAACGUUUUGGAGCUCUUAGCUCAUUGGAUAAUUCACCUUUUGAGAACCAAUCAGCACGAGCAAAAUUAAGCCAAUCGGCAGCAUGCAUAUUCCCGAAAAAAGCAUAUAAGCACGAGAGCUCUAGGAUUCAGCAUCAGUUGCAUUUAACGCAUUGAGAGAGAGAGACGCAAAAUGAGAACCUCCAAGAUCAUCAGAUCUGCCGCCAUUCUUGGCACAUUUCUGUCAACAACAGGCCGGGCCCUGCAUCUAGACAUAUUUGAGUUGGGUAGUGAUGUAUGGCAGUUUAGUGAGGAGACGGGUGCCACAUUAGGGCGUGAGCUGUUGUCGCUCGGUGACAGUGUUUACAGCUUUACCACAACCACCUCUGCUGCUGCUCUGUCUUUCUUCUCGGCAACAGAUCUGCUCUUCUUUCUGGCCUUUCUGCUCUCUGUUGUUUCGUUUGUUGGUUGUGCUCAGUUUGUUCGUCAGUUCAACACUACACUGCAAGACCUAAGAGGAAAAAUGGCAGAUCUUGCAGAAGAAAACGUGCAGAUGAGGCUAAUUUUAACAGCUCUUAUGAACGAUGCCGAGGAAGCCGAGAAACUAUUAGCUUUGAAAUUGAGCGCCCUAUCCCAGGAACAGCAUAGCCUGGGCAAGUGGCUGAAUUUCCACACCGACAUGUUCAGCAUCAGAUUGAACAGCAUGGAGAGCCAAACCCACAAAGCACCACAGAGCCGUAGAUAUAGAAGAUAAAACAUUGGGCCAUAGUGAACAUGAACUUUGCUGUAGCAGUUGUUUUUUUUUUAAAUUAUUGAACAGUUUUAAAAUAUGCCACAUUAAAGUGAUGUUACCUGAA